AUGCUGGCCACCUCCACCACGCUCCGCUCCCCAUCCUUCCUCAUGAGCCCCUUUGCGGAGCGAAUCCUUUCGUCUCCUAUAACUAUAAUCCAUCCAUCAUAUGAUAUAUCCAAUGGGAUCAAAAGAUCAAUCGAUCAAAAGAGCAAGGAGCAGAUCAACGACUCAGUUCCAGGAGUCUUCAACCUCUUCAACAAAGAUGGCGAUGGGACGAUCACGACUAAGGAGCUCGGGACAGUAAUGCGUUCGCUAGGACAGAGCCCCAAGGAGGUGGAGUUGCAAGACAUGGUCGAAGAGGUGGACACCAAUGGCAGUGGCGCCAUUAACUUACAGCAGUUCCUCACCCUCCUCGCCCACAAGAUGCGCGACACCGCACCAAUGAUGAGCUCCACGAAGACAACAAGGACAACGAGGACAACAAGGGGUGGGAGCGUGGGCCUAGUAGGAUUGGGAGUCUGA